AUGGAUGAUGAUGAUGUACAUGCACAAGAGAUUGAAGAACAAGUAGCGCUACGUGGCGAUGAUUAUCAUAAGGGUAAACAAGUAGUACUAGACAGUGAUGUUCAUCAUCGAAGUGGAGAUCGGGUUUGUGAGCAAUGUGGGAAGAGAUUUCAAAAUGGAAAAGCUUUGGGAGGUCACAGAAAGGUUCAUCUCAAUCAGUCUCUUCUUCCCAAGAAGAACAAAGCAUUGUUUAAGCAGAAGAAGAAACACGGUUCUUCCAAAGGCGGCAGCAGCAGUGAAGUCUCGUGCUACGUUUGCAAAAAGGAUUUCCCAUCUAUCAAAUCCUUGCACGGACACAUGAGACUCCAUCGCGAAAGAGACUGGAAGGGUGUCAGACCUCCUGGGGCUGUUCAGCCUCUUUCCGAAGAAAGUAAAUCUUCUUCAUACGAAAUUGGCUCCGAUGAUGAUUGUGACGAUGACGACAAUGAUGACGGCUAUCGUGAUAGUAGUUUUUCUGAUCACACCAUAGAUACAGACAAUGAUGCAGCAAUUUUUUUAGUAAACUGGAGGAAUAUUGAACAAAGACGCAGGAUUGCUUACCAAAGAGAUCCUAAUGGUGAAGACAAAGUUGGUGAAUUCGGACUGAAGAAGCUAAUAGAAGAGUCACCAGUUGGAUACAAAGGUAACCCUUCAUCCAAGAACAUCAAAUUUGAUGAUGAUAGUAAGAAAAUUACCAUGGAGGGAAGUAAAAGUUUUGGAGGUGCAAAACCCAAAAAAGAUUUCAGCUUGUUUGGUCAAACCCACAAGCAAAUUUCAAGGAAGCCUCAAGAGUUUAGAGUCACAAGAUCAGAUGCAACGUUGAGUGACAUGAAUGUAGACGAAUCAGCCGGGUUUAGUAGUAAAUAUGCAGCUCACCAAGUUAGUGAAUCGGCAUUGGAGAAGGCAAUAGAAGAGUCACCUGGUGGAUACAAAGGCAAUAAAACUUCGGAGAAAAGUAGGUCUGAGAGUGUGAAUUUCGUGCCGAAUAAGUUAAGCAUUGGAGGUAAAGAAAAGGCUUCUGUGGAUGAUGAUGAUGAUGGUCACGACGACAACGAUGAGAAUGUUGAUCAGACUAGUUGGAAGGUGAAGCUGAAAAAGGCGAUGAAGGAGGUUUCGAAAACAGGUAAAAAACCCACCAAAGACGCGGCUUUAAAUGAUCAAACCCACUACCAGAUUUCACGAAGAACUCAGGAAUUUGGUGCGAAGUAUGCUGAAAGAGAAAAUUACAAUGGCCCUAGCGCUACCUGUAACCAGGUACUUGAAAGAGCAGAAGAAGCUGAAGCAGUGGAGCACGAGACCAAAGAGUUUGUGUGCAACAUCUGCCCCUGCAAGUUCUCAACAGGUCAGGCUCCGGGAGGCCACAAGAGAUGUCACAACUAUAGAGUGCCGGUGGAAGAAGCUCCGGAGACAGCAGAAGUAGCACCGGUGGCUGAAGAAGACGGUGAGAUCACUACUGUUCCUGAAAAACUAGACUUGGAUCUCAAUCAACUUCCUUACGAAUCAAACGAUGAGUGA